UGGUGGGUGAGGUCAGUCAGGCUGAGGAAUGCAGUGGACUCCUUUAAACCAGCCCACCAACAGCUGGGAAUUCUCAACAAGCGCAAAGAAGACAAGGUGAAGAAAGGACAGCUCAGGAGAAAUAACCCACUGUUCACUCUGCUGGUGACGUCACACGGCAGGCGCUGAGUAGAGAGCGCCACAGAAGAAGAAGAAGAAGUAGUAGUAGAAGAAGAAGAGGUAGCAGAAGUAGUAGUAGUAGAAGAAGAAGAAGAGGCUGAGCCGCUGCUGUACCUGCAGUGACAGAGAGAGAGAAAGAAGGCGGGCUGGUUGUCGGACGGUCCCGUUUCUCCGUGUCACGCCGACAGAAGUGGGAUCAUCCCGGCCAGAGUGUGAUACAGCAGCUCGGAACAGAUCUACUGUGGAUGAAUUCACGCCAGGAACCAAAAAAAAAAAAAAAAAAAGAAAAGAAAGAGGAGCUGCGUCUUCUUCUUCGCUGAAUUACAUCGAUUCACACAGUAAUUUGAAAGAAAGGUACCUCUUUGACCUACUGCAAGGCUUAACAGAGGACAAAAAUGCAGUCCUUUGCAUGGAUGAAUGGACAAUACCAACAGAUUGGACCCUCUCAAUCACAACAAAGUCCUACUCUGCGUACCUCACCCACAGUGUGGAUCCAGCAAGCUGGGAUAGUAAAUAACUCCUCAAGCACAUGUGUCCGACCACCACAAAGUGCUCAUUCCACCUUUCGUGAUGGAGUUUAUUCUGACAGACAGACUUCACACCGGCAGAACUCAGGAGUUCCUCAUCGGACAGUUUCUUCUCAGCUGUCAGCAGGAGGGGAGACUCAAUCACAACAAGGUGCUACUCCACUUACCUCACCCACACUGUGGAUCCAGCAAGUUGGGACAGCAAAUAACUCCUCAAGCACAUGUGUCCGACCACCACAAAGUGCUCAUUCCACCUUUCGUGAUGGAGCUUAUUCUGACAGACAGACUUCACACCGGCAGAACUCAGGAGUUCCUCAUCGGACAGUUUCGUCUCAGCUGACAGCAGGAAGGGAGACUAACAUUUAUUAUGUGGACAAUCUACAAGACUCACUUACAAAUGUGCAAAAUGGAAACCCUCUUACCAUGAAUGGACGACAGGUUGCCACUCAGCAAGGUUUUCAUUCCAACACUGGACUUGUCAUUCCACCAAACACGAUGAAAUCAAAUACUGCACACCCUCAGCAAGACAUGUCAGCACGUUUUAACCAACAGGCACAUGAACAGAUGGUUUACACCAGCACAUCAGUGUCUGCCAGUGCACCCAAAAGGCAGACUGCUCAUAACCAGAAUCGCAGUCAGCGUAGAUUCUCUUCUUCCAACUCUCCACCAACUUAUAAUCAGGCUGUUGCUCACUCUGUCAGAAAUUACAGAACUACAGAGCAGGUUUCCAGCAUGAGGCAGAUGACUCAACAGUACCAAACUAAUGUCAACUCAAGACAUGUCAACAUGAACUAUGAAACUCAACGUUUCUUGUCCAAAACAAAUGAUGUUCCCUUAAAUCCUGCUGCUGCUACACAAGAUCAAAUACUCAGGUCCCAGAUCAUCGCAAGAAUAGAGGAUGAUUUACGCAAGUCGUUCCCACAGAAGUCUAAUGCAAAUAUGCAACCUGUGACACAGACCAUCACUAACAGUUAUAACUCAAAUGCCUCCAUAUCAUUACCGCUCAAUUCUGGACUAUCCUUGUCUAAUUGUGUUAUAUCAAGGAAGCAGCACAGCGUGAAUGCACCACAGCAAAGCUCUGUACCAAAUGUCUAUGUACCAAAUGUCUAUAUCACAGCAAUAUCAGGUAGCUGUGGAGAGGUCAGACCGACAGAUGGAAAUAGAGGCAAGGCAGCCAAUGCAAUUAUUCCUGAGAGUAACAAGGUCUCAAAAGGGAGUCUAGUUGGAGCAUUACAUGAAACAGCUCAAUUGAAGAAUUUGCCUGAGAGUAAUUCACGAAAGAGAAAGCAGGCAGAAUCAUCUCUACCAAGUGAUAUCUUAGAAGUACGAGUCUCAUCGGUCACGGCAAAUGACGCCUCCAUUCACUCCUCUCCCGGUCGCACAUGCACAAGAGCUGUUGCUGUCGUACAACCGUUGUCACAGGAAAGCUGCCAGGUUGCCAACAAGCAUAGCUAUUCUAACACGAUGAAUCAGUCAGCUGAGCACACCACAUCAGCUGAAUCUUUAAGUAGCCCAGAGAAAUUAUUUACUUCACCAACUGUGGCAAAAAACAAAAAGGAUCAGUAUAUCAGAAAAGGAGCCUUUCUUUACUCCCAAAACCCAAAUAAAGUAUCAUCUUCAGAUUCGGCUGGGCAUCAGGACUCACAAAAACAAUUCUGUGCAGAUGACACAGGAUCUGAACCAGCUACUGGCACGCAAGAAGACCAGUGUGUUGCGAUGACAGCUCAACAGUCAGUUGCCUCUGAAGUGACAGUGAGACAAAGUGGUGCUGAAGACAAAGGUCAGAGUCCAACUCAUGACAAUGUUAUUUUGCUCUCAUCAGUCCCAACAGAGCCGUGGACAUUAGGUGCAUUAGGUAAGUUGAUACAUGAAGAAAAAGCUCAGAUGGAGCACAGUAACAACUCCGCUGUUUUCAAUUCUAGAACCAAAUUAUUAGACCUGCAUUGGGGUGGCACCAUUAGUAACUUGGCAUGUUGGCUCAGGACAGGCUGGUACAAGAGCCUACUGUCUAAUGCCACUGGAUACAUCAGCAAACACAAGGUAACCAGAGAUUCUGUCAUACUGUCAGAACUAAAGCGUGGGUAUAAGAAGACACUCUCAGGAUACCAUGUUCUCAAGGAUGAUGAAGUUUAUGUAGGACUGCCUUACAAAUCCUCAUGGUUGAAUGUCAAUGAGCAGCUCGAUGACAUUGACAAAGAGUUUGGCUUCCCGUGGUCUUGGAAGCAUCAUCUUUACCUGCCUGAGAGUCAGAGACAGCCAGAUCAGGAAGAGACGGUCAAAAGCAUUCGUGCAGAAAUUCCAAGUGAGGUGCCUGACAAGAUCUCGUCUCAAACAGAGCUCGAACCUGUUGACUCGGGUGAAGAAAAACGAGCCUCCACUCCUGUUACAGCUUCAACACAAGCCGACUCCCCUGACGAAACAAAAUGUGAUUCCAGUGACCCGUUUUACUCAUUUGAAAUCCAAGUUUUGUCUCCAGGAGAGGCCAAAGUUAUCUUUGAGCAAGCACAAAGGAAUAUGCCACUAAGUACGUCAACAGACAGUCAGCCAGAGAGUGUCAUGGAUAGCUCUGUGGAGGACGAACCACUGGAAGCCAUACAUGUCACACUGAAUGUCUCAGAACCAGAGAUCAAGUCCAGCUGUUCAGUAGAAGAGGUUUGCUGCCUCUCAAGGUGGUUGGAAAAUAUUGCAGGGUCACACCCACCUUUGAGUGGAUGCCAAUGCAUAAAUGAGAAGAAUCCUAAAGAUUGUGCUGAAAAAACCCACGACAAAGCAGAGAUGGAGGUGCAAACGGAUGAUGACAUUGGUGCGAUCUGCUCAGACACCAAAUUUCACACGGAAGAAGAGACUCAAGCCGACGGCCAGGACAAUGUCAAGAGUGAAAUGAUCACAUAUGAUCAUUCUGAAACAUGCAAUAAUCUCAGUCAACACCUUGCCUUUGCUGAAAAUGAUGACGAAUCUCUCUCAUACUCCGACAACAAACCAAAGAACAUUUCCCACUCAAGCAUAAAUAGUAGCCCGUUAAGCAUUAUAGUUUUGAGUGAAAACGAAGAUGGAGAUCACUGCAGCAGUGACACUUUCAUGCAGUCGGACCCUGGAGUGGAUUAUAUUCAAGAAAAUGCGCAGUCAUGUACUGCAGUCAGUAGUUACAAAGACAUCGACAAUCCCCCCGGCAGUGAAAGUGGGAUUUCCAGCUGGCUAUCAGACCUUGAAGAGGACUGUGGACAGGCUCAGCUGACAUUUACAGAUGUGGGAGUGUCAACAUCGGAAACAGAAGAAGAACAAACGCAACUUAGUGCAAUGGCGGCAAUGCAAACAACUUUCAGCCACAGCGAUCCACUUGAAAAUGUUAAAAAGCGCAAGAGACAAAGCAGUCAUGAUGGGUCUUUCCUGUCCCUUAAGAAAUCGAACAAAUGCAAACUCCCUGGUAUUGUGGAUUCAGAGCCCUCAGCAUGCAAGGAGGUUUCUAUUGAUGAGAAGCUUUUAGCUUCAAAAGUCAGAGCUGUACAACUGGCACUGUUUGGCUCAGCACCAAAAGACAAGUCUGUUUUGAUUGGGGGCAGAAAGAGACGUAAUUCAUCUCCAGCAGUUGUGCCUGAUGGAGUACCAACGCCCCCAAGAAUUAUCUCUGUGAAGCUCAGUCCCUUGAAGAAAAAGCUUAGUGAUACUGUCCCGACAGGGGAACAGUCAGUCAAAUGGAGGAUUCACGAAAAAUGGAGAAGGAGUCUUCCACUAACUACAGUGAGGCGCCAAACCAAACUGAAAACAUGGAAGUGUACUUUUUCCUCUUCAUCUGGGUUUGGUAUCAAGAAAGCUGAAGCGGUUGUCCCCACCAACACAGAGAGGCCGCCAGUUUCUUCUGAAACAAGGAUCUCAAGUUCAAACCAUGGUACAGUGCACUGCAUGAGUCUGAAGAAGAGGUGGAGGUCUCUCCCUGCCAGACUCAAACAUGGAGAGGAGACAAAGAGGAAGUAUAGGGUCACACUCAAACAGCCUGCUGACCAAGAGAGAAGCAACGCUGAACAUGGAAGCAAAGCUGGCAGGCCCCUCCAGGAGAACAACAUCCUGAGAUUCAGCGUGUUACCCAACACCUUCGACUUCAAAGAUGGAUCCAACGACAGAAAGGAAACCAAUGACUCUGUUCCAAAUAAACCUGCCCUUGAUGAAGACAAAGACAAGAGCCCCACUAAGACUGUUUCAAGGCCAGUCGGUACAUGGUAUCCAAAUCCUGAGAAGAAAUACAGCCCUCUACUUUCACCUUCAGUUCCCAAGACCUCCAGCCUCUUCCAGGAGUUUCAGAAGAAAUACAAGAAGAAGACACAGCCAUCAGCGGAGGAAUUAAGUUUUAGUGACAACAGAGAACUCGCAGACUGUUUUACCUCAAGGAAAUAAUUCAUUAAAAAAAAAAAAUCCCUUCAAGAUACUUAGAGAAAUUGUCUUCCUGCCUUUGUACUGUAUAUUUAAGGGGAGAAUUGGAGUUGUGCCAGUUUUGUAAGUAUUUGCACGUAACACUCUACAGUCUACGGUUCACGUAUUCGACACUAAAUGCUCAUUUGUUUACGUGGCUGUGAAAGCUUGCAAGUCAUCGACUUCAGAUGAAAUGUCCUCGUGUCUCAGAUAUUUUAUGCCAAAUGAUGAUUUAUAAUAUAGAUUAGUCUUUAAGCCAUAUAUUUUCAUACCAUAUGUUUUGUAUCAUGUUAUUUCUUUUUCUACAUGAAGAAUAUUUGUAUGCAAUAUUUGCAUGUUUAUAUGUAUAUUUUUUUAUAAGAAACAAGUAAUGGGAUUUAGUUUUUGACGUCCUGUACUUUUCUUUUUUUUUUUCUAACUCUACAUGCACUAUUCACAGUAUGUAUGGGAGUGAGGGAAGGGGUUUGGGAACAUCCUGGCCCUCCCCUGCACUGAACCGGACAAAGAUGACAUUGUUCUUGUGAACAACUGUUAAAUGUUUGUUCUGCUGCUCUUUCUGGAAAUAAAGAUAUCUGUCCACAGUU